AUGGAAUGGGAAAAUUUUGGCGAAAAUCUGAUUGGUAUGAUUGGAAGAGGAAGAGGAGGAGGAGGAGGAGGAGGAGGAGGAGGAGGAGGAGGAGGAGGAGGAUGGGAAUAUCAUACAAGUGUUUUAAGUUCAGAAGAUAUUAUAGAAUUUUAUGGAUUCACAGAAGAUCCAAAUACAUCAAAAUAUAUGGUAGUAAUGUAUUAUGCAAAUAAAGGUAACUUAAGAGAAAAUUUAACAAGAAUAGUUGUAAAUAAUUGGAGUCAAAAAUUAUAUAUGUUGUACGAAAUUAUUUCUGGACUUAAUAAUAUACAUGAAGAAAAACUUAUUCAUUGUGAUUUUCAUGAUGGUAAUAUUUUAAAUCAUAAUGUUGAGAAUAAGGAUAAAAUUUAUAUUAGUGAUUUAGGAUUAUGUCAACCCGUAAAAUCGUUUUUGAAAAAGUAUGAUAUUUAUGGUGUUAUACCAUUUAUGGCACCUGAAGUUUUGAGAGGCAAAUCUUAUACUCCAGCUAGUGAUAUAUAUAGUUUUUCUAUGAUUAUGUGGGAAUUUACAUCUGGAAUACCACCAUUUAAUAAUAGAGCACAUGAUAUUCAUCUUAGUUUAAGUAUUUGUAAAGGUGAACGUCCUGAAAUUAUUGAAAAUACUCCACAAUGUUAUGUAGAUUUAAUGAAAAAAUGUUGGAAUGAAGAUCCACUAAAAAGACCAUCUUCUAAAGAAGUAUUUGAAAUUAUUGAAAAAUGGAAUUUUCUCCCAUAUAAAGUGAAAGUUGAAGAUAUUAAUGAAGAAUUAAAAAGCAACAUUAUGGAAUUUAUAAAUGCACCAAUUGGGCAUAAAAAUCUUGCUACUAGAUCUCAUCCUAAAGCUUGUUUUAAAAGUCGUUUACUUGAUUUUACUAGUAAAAAAUUGAAUGAAAUUCUUGAAAGUGAAAAAGCAUAUCAUGCAAGUCAUUCAGAAUUGAAUGAUUGUUUAAUCAGAGAUUCGAGGUCAUUAGACGAGAGUACUAGUAAAAAGUUGAAUGAAAUUCCUGAAAGUGAAGAUUCACAAGCUAGUGUAAAAGCAAAUGAAAUGCUAAAUUAUUUGAACACUAAGAUUAGAGUAGAAAAUAUUUUACAAGUUUCUUAG